AUGGAAGACGACGAAAUCAGCGAGCUAUAUCUGCUGAGCCGCUUCGCGCCAUCCUCGUCCACUACUCAUCAUCAGCUCAGGGCUGCACAGAUAGCCAUGGAUCAGGACCUGUCUUCGGAGCUGGACCCGGCGCUGCUCAUGUCGACGUCGACGUCCUCCUCGUCGCCGCCAGGCUCGGCCUCGCCCUCCUCCUCCUUCUCCCACCCGUCCCCGCCCCACUACACCUUUGCCGUCAACAACCUCUCAUGCCCCGCCCCUCGCCGCCGCGCCGCCGCCAACCUCCUGCCGUCGUUCCUGUCCUCCUCCUCCUCCGCUUCGCCGGCCCGCGAUGCCGCCGGCGCGGAGGGCCUGCUCAAGUCCGUGUCCUUCAUCGCCUCCAGCUCCAACAUCCUCGCCGUCGUGGGCCCCAGCGGCGCCGGCAAGUCGACGCUGCUCCGCAUCCUGUCGGGCCGCGGCACGGGCUCAGAGAUCGCCAAGCCUGGCACGGUGUCGCUCAACGGCCACGCCGUCACCUCCCGCGCGCAGCUGCGGCGGCUCUGCGGGUUCGUCACGCAGGACGACAACCUGCUCCCGCUCCUCACGGUCCGCGAGACCAUCCUCUUCGCCGCCCGGUUCAGGCUCCGCACCGCCGGGACCGCCGGGGAGCGCCGCGAGCGCGUGGACGCGCUCAUGCAGGAGCUCGGCCUGUCCGAGGUCGCCGACAGCUACGUCGGCGGCGGCGACGGCUGCGGGCUGUCGGCCGCCCGCGGGGUGUCCGGAGGCGAGCGGAAGCGGGUGUCCAUCGCGGUGGACAUCGUGCACGACCCGCCAGUGCUGCUGCUGGACGAGCCCACGUCGGGGCUGGACAGCCGCUCAGCCCUGGACGUGCUGCAGCUGCUGCACGACGUGUCCCGCGCGCGCCGCCAGGUGGUGGUGCUCAGCAUCCACCAGCCCAGCUACCGCAUGCUGCACUACAUCUCCUCGCUGCUUCUGCUCUCCCGCGGCGCCGUCGCGCACUUCGGCACGCUCAAGUCGCUGGAGGACGCGCAGGCGCGGCUGGGCCACAAGAUCCCCAUGCAGCUCAACCCGCUGGAGCUCGCCAUGGAGAUGGAGUUCACCAGCCAGCUCGAGGCGGAGGACCGCUCCAGGAUCGCCGUGCACGGUGAUCACCAUGCCGACGACGAGGAUGAGGUGAGCCGCCUUGUGAUCAGUGGACGACGCCUCGACGUCCCCGAUCAGGGCUACUGCAGCCGCUUCACGGAGGUGGCGGCGCUGACCGUGCGCUGCUGGCGCACCAUGUACCGCACGCGGGAGCUGUUCGCGGCGCGCGCCGCGCAGGCCGUGGUGGGCGGCCUCGGCCUCGGCAGCGUCUACUUCCGGCUCAGCCCGGACAGCCCCGACGGCGUGGCGCUCCGGCUGGGGCUCUUCGCCUUCACCCUCAGCUUCCUCCUCUCGUCCACCGUGGAGGCGCUGCCCAUCCUCCUCCACGAGCGCCGCGUGCUGAUGCGGGAGGCCUCCAGGCGCGCGUACCGCCUCUCCUCGUACGUGGUGGCCAACGCGCUCGUCUUCGCGCCGUGCCUCCUCGCCGUGUCGCUCUUCUUCUCGGCGCCCCUCUACUGGCUCGCGGGGCUCCGCGCCACGCCGCUCGCCGCCUUCGCCUUCUUCGUCCUCGCCGUCUGGCUCAUCGUGCUGAUGGCCAGCUCCCUCGUGCUCUUCCUCAGCGCCGUGUCGCCGGACUUCGUGCUCGGGAACGCCCUCAUCUGCGUGUUCCUGGGCGUCUUCUUCCUCUUCUCCGGCUACUUCAUCCCCAAGGACAGCAUCCCGAGGUACUGGGCGUUCAUGUACUACGUGUCCAUGUACAGGUACCCGCUGGACCUGCUGCUCAUCAACGAGUACGGGGGCAGCGCAAGGGGCAGGUGCGUGGCGUGGAUGGGGGGGAACAAUGGCGCCAUGUCCGGCGGCGUGUGCUUGAGGACCGGAGCCGACGUGCUCAGGGACAGGGGCAUCGACGAGGGGAUGAAGUGGGUCAACGUCGGGGUCAUGCUGGGGUUCUUCCUGCUCUACAGGCUCAUGUGCUGGGCUGUGCUCGUCAGGAGGGCCUCCAAGACCACCCUGUGA